AUGUCGGAGAACUCCAGUGACAGCGAUUCUUCCUGCGGCUGGACAGUCAUCAAUCAUGAGGGCUCUGACGUGGAGGGCUUGGCCUCUGAGAACGAAGGGCCGAGCGGCCCUGUGGAGCUGGGCCCGGAGGAAUCAGCGGUUCUGAUGCCAGGAGAGCAGCAUGAGGAGCCGGUGGUGGCCCUGCAAGCUGAAUUUGGCCAAAAUAAUGCCUCAUCUGCCGUAGAUCAAAGCGGCUCCCCCUCAGAGACCCCUCAGCCUGCUGCAGAGGGUGAGAGAGAGAAAUUGCCCGAGGAAAGUUCUUGCGUGGGGGCGGUUAGUGAUGAUUCCGAUAUUGUUACCCUCGAGACGCCUAAGAUUGAAGAAAUUGGAAACCCGGAAGAAGUCUCCCUUGGGGAGGAGGAGGAGGAGGAAGUCCCCGUCUCAGAAGAUGUUAACAUGGGCUCUUCUUCUAGCAGCCAGUACACGUUUUGUCGGCCAGAAGCAGCCUUCCCGCCUCACCCGAGUGGCGAAGAGUCCAGCAGCGAUGAAACAAGCAACGGCUCCAGCCCCACCCUAAGACGCCGGCGGGGGGCCAAGAAGAGGCCAGCCUCCAGCUCCGAGUCGGAAGAUGCACCUCCUCACGAGCAGGACCCUGAGCUGGUGCCAGAGCGGCCGCACAAGCACCGCUUCGGCAGCGGCCUCAACCAGUGUAUCCUCCUCGCUCUGGUCAUUGCGGUCAGCAUGGGCUUUGGCCAUUUCUAUGGGCUUCUCGAUGGUACAAUUCAGAUCCAGAAACGCCAGCAGAUAGUUGAGAAGACGCACGAAGAUGAACUGAACGACAUGAAGGACCACCUUCUUCAGUGCCAGCAGGGCCAGGUGAUGGCGGGCGAAUGCCAGUCGCUAAAGGAAGGCCUGACAACGUGCUUGCUUUCAACCGAGAUGGAAAAAAAAUCCUUUGCGUCUCAGAAAUGGAGCCUUGCUUCUGAAAACCAGCACCUGCGCGAAUCUCUGGAGAGGGAGGAGAAGGCCUUGGCCGUGCUGCAGGAGGAGCUGAGGAAGCUGAGGGAGCAAAUUAGACAGCUGGAGAACCUGAGAGCCGCCAGCCCCAAUCCUGUGGGGACGGAGAACCGACGACUGAAGGCCCACCUGGAAGAGGAGAAGCAGCGGAGGCAGAGCUUCGUGCAGCAGAAGGCGGCCUUGUUUACCGAGGCCCAGAUGCUGCGGCGGGAGCUGGACAAGGAGCGUCAGCUGGCCGAAGCGCUCCGGGAUGAGCUGGAAAAGCAGAGUUCCCAACAGGCGCCCCCAGUGGCAGGCCCUCGUGGGGGCCCGCAGGAAGAGAGCGAGGAAAUAGACGCUCUGCGGGGGAGGCUGGUGGAGCUGGAGAAGAAGCUGAGCUUCGAGCAGCAGCGCUCCGACUUGUGGGAAAAGCUCUACGUGGAAGUAAAGGACCAGGCGGAAAAACAAGAGCAAGCGGGAAAGCUGGUGAAGACGGGCGGGAAAGGAGCCGGUAAAGCCAGAAAGAAGGCCAAAGCCAGCUUCUUUGGGUCAGUGAAGGAGACUUUUGAUGCCAUGAAGAAUUCGACCAAGGAAUUUGUCAGGCACCAUAAAGAAAAAAUUAAGCAGGCCAAGGAAGCUGUCAAGGAGAAUUUGAGGAAAUUCUCUGAUUCAGUCAAGUCUACCUUUAGACACUUUAAGGACACCACAAAAAAUAUCUUUGAGGAGAGGGAGAAGAGAAGGUACGGUGACCAAAGAGUGAAGGGGGGUCCCCACAAGCCGAUGCCCUACAGGGCCCCCGGCAGCCAGAGAGAGUUCCAAGAGGGGAGGGCCCCCCGAGAGAGCCGCCCCUCCCGCGGCCCCCGAGAACCUGCCUCGCCGGAGCAGAGCCGGAAGCACCGCAUGGCCCUCAAGGGCUGCGCGGGCAUUUUUGACUGUGCUCAUCAGGAGUUCGUUAGCCUGUUUAACCGAGUCCUGGAUCCAAUCCGUGCAGAUGAGUUUAAUCAGCUAAUGCACAAAUAUUUGCAGCAAGAGGUAGACAACUUCCAUCACUGGAGAGAACUGGACGGUUUCAUCAGUCAGUUUUUCCACAACGGCGUUUUCAUCCAUGACCAAAUGCUCUUCACAGACUUUGUCAGUGACAUUAAGGAUUAUCUUGAGGACAUGGGAGAGUACCAACGGGACAGGGAGGGGGCAUUUGAGGAUGUGGACAGUUACAUCUACACCUACUACUUCCGUCAGGAUCACUCGCCUCAGCAGGGGCCCAGCCAACCUCCGAAAAGGGCUUCUUUCACCCAGCAGGAAAGAGCCUCCCCGAAGUACCAGCAGCGCCACAGAAGAGAACGAGAAGGCAAGUGGCCCAAGCAGGGCGGGGGGCGCUCCAACGGCCGGCACGUGGCCAACGUGGAGAUCGAGUGGGGCCGGCUGCCCUUGGACCCCAAGUACUGA